AUUUCAUACCAUUAUAUUUCUUUACAACAACCCUUCGGUUUACUUAUGAAGAUUCUCUUUUAUCAGUAGUUUCUAUUGUUCCACAUUGAAAGUGCAAAUGAGUUGUGAUCAAUAGAGCUAGGUAUAAGUUAUUUACUAAACUGAUGCUUACACUCCUGGAUUUAUUACAAUAUUAAUUAAGGCGUGGAAAUUAUCAGUCAUUCGCGAAACAUGCUGGUUUUGUUACAUUUUGUGUUAGUGAUAGCAUUGUUAUCGUUGGUUAAAAACAACCUAUUUUAUGCGGUUCAUGCAAACCAAUUUGAUGAUCAAGGUUUGAGACGUUACGAGUCGGAAGCCGAACUCGCUGAGUUAAAGGAAUUAUUCUAUAAAAAUAUAAUGGUGGACAUUCGCAUUGAGUCAGAAGGUCAAAACCUUACCCCUGACAUGAAACACAGACUAGAUGAAAGAAUCGAUGGAUUCUUGCGCGUUGCCAGUGGCACUGAUCGAAUUGGUAAACAGAGUAAUCAUUUGAGAAAUGUUAAACACAAGGAAUUUCGGCGAAAGCCUCGGAGUGCUACCGAUAAAUCCAUGAACGAUGAUAUUGGAAGAGAACGCUUGUAUCUUAAAGGAUUCCGCGAACGCGGUUAUAUUCCAGUAAAUUUUCCUAUUGACAUAUGCAUGCUGAAAGUGGGAAAAUCGGUAUUUGCCGCCUCAAUAAACAUACGCAAAACUCUGGAAGGUUAUGCAAAUCACAGCAUUGUAUCAUUUUACUCCUGGGAUAGAGAUACCAAGAUUUUCCAUAAGUACAUGGAAUAUACUGCCAUUUUGGCAAGAAAAUUCGACUGCAUAUCACACGCUUCGCUUGGGUUUGUAGCAGUUGUGAAUUACCACAAUAACACAAGAGAGAAAAAAUUGCCACUAACUAACCAAACAAUAGAUGAAGGUUCGCCAGUUUUUCAAAUUAUGGAGAAUAGCACAACGGAGAUCGUACAGAAGUUCAGUCAAUCCAAUCAGAAUACCGUCCAUAUGUGGAUCCAUGGAAAUCAUGUUUACUUGACACAUACAUACACCAACCUGGACGAAAGCGUUGCUAAUGUGUGUCCAAUUUAUCGCUGGUCUGGGUACCAUUUUGAUGCUAUCGAUGAGCUACCGUGUUAUAAUGCCAUCCAUAUCGAACCGUUCACGAUCGAGCAGACAAUGUUCCUUGCGUUGGCCAACCAGAUGAAUGAUGAAGCAGUGGACGAGGAUACCUUUUCGGACCUGUUUAAAUUCGAUUACGAGAAGCAGAAGUUUGAUUUUCAUCAGAAAAUUUACAUAUACUCAGUAUCGCACAUGGCCUACAUUUUUCUGGAUCAUGGCGAUAUGAGAGAACACUUUCUAAUUACAGGGAAUUCCCGUGCUGGAAAGAAGAACAAGGCGGGGAAGUUGGACUACGAUCAACAUUCGAUCAUGUAUAAAUACAUCGAUGGGUACUUUGUACCGUUUCAAAAGUUCGAAUUGUACAGAGUGAAACGUUUUUUGCCCGUUAUGCGCGAGAACGGAGAGUUUUUGCUUUUGAUCCUCUGUCGUGGCCGUCCAAUGUUGAUUUAUGAGUAUGAUGGGUGGAAAUUCACGCCGUCACGAAUUGACUACACCCGGGAAGCAUUCGCUGUCGGAAUAUCUCAAAUGCGUGUCUACCGGCACAUUAUUAAUGCAAGCUUAAUUGUGAUUGCAAAUCGCAAUCUGCAUGGCUCGGAUGCCAACAUUUUUUCACCUAUUUACGGUAUUGAAAAUGAUCUUAAGAGCGUCUACGAAGAGUUCAUCAAUUGGUGUGAGCGUACUACAAAAGAGCUUGAUUCGGUGGACUUGGAGGAUGUAUACAAUCGCUUUUUGAGAUUACCGGAGUACAAAGACGAUGCACAUAAAAUAAAAAAUAUUCGGGUUAAAGGAACUUCCAUUGAAACGUUACGUACAUCAUCCGUGCAUAUAGGUCAAACUGUACUGGAUCAGCGGACAAUUGAUUACGUAAAUAAAGCUCAUCAAAGACUGGAAAAAAUUAGCGAAAGGGUUGCUAAGUUGGAGCGUAUCGUUGACGAUAGUUUGAUGCAAAACGAAACACUAAAAAUUAGUGGCAAUGUAAAGGUUCCGCAGAUUUUCGCAUCCGAAGCUGUGGUAAAGGACUUGAAGGCAAAGAACGUUAACGACGCAGUAUAUCAACGAAGUACGAAGGAUCAAAAAAAAGUUGAGGCUAUCAAUGCCGAUCGACUAAUAGUGGAUGGAGAUUUGGAUGUUGAGUAUUUGAAUGGACACCCAAGCGAAGCUUUGCUACACACAACGGAUUUUCAGUUCUUAAAAAAUGUUGAUUUAUAUGGAACUGUAGCUGAUUUCAAUGGAGAGCUUUUUGUAAAUAAUUUAAUUGACGGUAUUCGUUUCACCACCGACAAUGUUGUGAUAAAUGGUAUGAAUCAAGUAUUUGCUAAUAAAACGAUACGAGUCAACGAACUAAAGGUAAACAAUUUGAUCACUAAAACAUUAAACUCGACUAAGAUCGAGCCUCUCAUGUCGUAUAUUGAUCAAGCUACGAAAAAGAUAAUCGAUUCAUGUGACCAGGGUGAUGGUGAUUUCAGAGAAAUUCGAGUUAACAACUUAGAACUGACAGGACUUUUCAACGGCAUUGACCUGAAUAACAUAAGCAAACACACAUUUAAGAUCAAGGGUGAUCAAGUGAUAACAACAAAACUGAGUUUUGAUAACAUUGUCGCAUCUAAUAUUGAAGUACCAAGCAAGCGACUCUCAGGGGUAGAUUUGAAUUCACUGGUACGAAUCAAUCCUACAGCUGAUCAGCCCGAUUUUACGGUAAGACAGGAUGUUCAUUUCAUGGAUCCGGUAUAUAUUGAGCGACUGGAAGUAGAGGAACGAAUAAAUCAUAUUUCAGUGAUCGAUGGCCAUUUACAAGUGCUGAAAGUAAAUUCCAGUGAGCCUCAAAUAAUUACGGGUACCAAAUCAUUCGAUAAUGUAGUUCUAUUAGAUCCUAUUGACCUACGUGGCAAAAUCACUAGUAGUAGUUUGAGGAAACUCAGUACGGUAACAACGUUAACGAAUGAUAUUCAUCUGGAAGGGGACUUUGAAAUAAGUGGUGAUGUAACGGUUGAGGUUUUGAAUGCUAGCAACAUCUACGGAUCUAGUCGAACCUACAACUUCGUUGAUCUCUACUCUCAUGGUGUUCCUCUGAAUGCAGCUUCCUCAAAUCAAAAUUUUACAUUCAAGCAACCAUUGAUAGCCAAUAAAGUGUUCGCUACUUCACUGAAUGGGGUGGAUCCUAGUGAUUUUAUUUAUAUUAAAGCGAACAAAACGCAGGUAAUCACUGGUAGAAAAAUAUUUACCGGAAAUGUUACUCUACGAGAAGGACGCGCUGAAGCGGCGGUAAUUAACAACGUGGAUCUUAAAUACUUGAAUGAAACCAUACUGAAACGGACCGGGGAUCAAGUUAUCAAAGGAUCAAUUCACUUUAAGAAACUAAUUGUUUCUAGGGUAGGCUCCAAUAAUUCCCUUUUUGAGGGUAAACAAUUGGACAGCCUAGUAACAAACAGUAACAAAGAUUCAAAAUCCAAAUUACGUUGUAAAAAAUGUAAGCUAAGAAUUGAGAAUGAUCUAAAUGUGAGAAAUUUGUUCACCACAGAGGGAUCAACUGUCUACGGUUAUGAUCUGGAACAAAUGUUUGCUGACACCUUGCAGAAGAAUAGUAACGAGAGUGAGCAAAUUGUCAUCACGGGACAUAAACGUUUUCACAAUGUGACUGUUGGUGAACUAAUUCUUGUCGAGCAAGCCACUCUGAACGAAAUGAACCUGAAGGAUUUGCACGAAAUGUACGAUGUCCUUCAAAAAGACAUUGUCAUAGAGGAAGAACUGAUUUUGAAUGGUGAAGUACACGUGAAGAAUUUAUUUGUUAAUGGUUCAAUUAACGGUGUCUCCAAGGAAGAUUUUGGAAGUGUUUGGUUAUUGAAAGAGUACGACCAGACGUUCACGGCUCCGCAAACUUUUGAAAAUAUCAUCGCGAAUACAACGUUUAUUGAAGGAAAAUUCAACGGAAUCAAACUGGAAGAAUUGAUACAAAAUUUAUAUUUCCUAAAUAAAGACGAACACAUAAAAAGUGCUAUUUUUCACGAAGGCUUUGUUUCGUCUCAGCCAGUUAUGGUACAUGGCUUAGUAUCUGGCCUGGAUCUGGAGAAAGACAUACUACUGAAUUACUCUACUGAGCCACAACAAUUAGAAGAACUACGUAUAGACGGGAAUCUACUAGUAACUGGACAGAUUAAGAUAGGCAGUACUCUAAAUGGAAUGAACUACGUAAAACUGCAGGAGUUCACCAGUAGCAGCGGACUCGAUCAACCCAUAAAUAUUGAAGUGCAAGGAAACGUGCAUUUUCAAGGACAAACAGAUAUUACUGAGUUGAAUGGAUACAAUUUAAAACAGCUGCAUCGUGAUGCUUGGCUGUCUAAUCGUAACAACGAAAAUAUAACCGGACGCUUCAGAUUUGAGCAAGUGCGCUUUGAAGAAAAUGUGUACGUUAAGGGACCCAUUAAUGGAUUAUAUUUAGAUGAAAUCUCGGAAUCCUAUUUGAGUUUGACGAAGCCUAGGAAUAUAACAACUCCGUUGAUUUUCAAGGGUUCAGUCGAGUUUAGAGACCACACAACUAUCGGUAAUAUUGCACUUGGUGGACUCCUCAAAGGAUCGCCAGAAUCAAAAGGAUUCGAUAUCGUCUACUUCGAUAAAUACGUUCUGCGUAAAGAUGUCGAACAAACCAUCACAGGUCGAUGGACCUUCCACGAAGUGGAAAUUCAAGGUGAUCUUAAUCUUACUACCAUCAAUGGUAUAAACCUAGAAAAGGACCUUUUACUUAGCAAUGCUCAAAACGUAACGUUCACUGGUAAUAAGCGGUUUAAAAAUGUUCAUAUCGAUAAUUUAGAGUGUCCCACUCCAUGUAUAAUACAAGGAGUAGAUGUCACUGAAUGGUUUGCGAACGCUGUUCGACUUGAUCAAAAUUUUACCACAGCGGGAGUGACUAAUGUAGAGGAUGCUACCAUUCUAGGAGAUGUAGAAGUUCUGGGAGCGGUGAACAAUUAUGCAUAUGACAAGGACAAAAUGAUUAUUAAACCAGUGACCAGUGAUAACAAAACGUUCGGUGUUAACAUAAAUAAACUCCCCCAAGAGUUGGAUUCUGUAGAUCAGUUGAAAAACAUCGAAUCGAAAUUACGUCGCUUGUAUAUGAUCGAGCAAUCAAUGGUGGAAUCUCUGAAUACUAAGAUGACAUAUCUGAGCCAUUAUGAAUCAGUGAAGGGACUGAAUGGGGGAUUCCAAGCAUUGUAUACGAUUAUGCUGUCUAUGUCACCAAAGCCUCUACAGCUUCUGAUCGCUCAUGUGAACGACGGUGUUCGGACAGCUGUUGAGUUUUAUCGUUGGAGUAGGAAAGAAAGCCAGUUCUUAAUCGCUAGAGGUUUCCCCCCAAUUUCAUCACCGACUCUACUGGUUACAAAUUGCAAACGGAUCAACGUUGGACAUGUACAGUAUCUCUUCGUGGAGUUCUACUCUUACAGAAAACAAUACUAUCGCCAGUCGAUCUUAGAUUUAGAACGAUCAGAUCACGUUGCUCCGAAAAAAAUAUCAAAGUUUGUCACUCUUUACGAGUUCAACAGUACAAUCCCUCGAAAGGCGUUCUCGUUGAAGAUACUAGAUCUGAACUGCAUUGGACUUUUCUCUCCACACGCCAACGGAGUAGAGAUUUAUUGUCUUCACUUGGACAACCUUGUAUACUACAUGCAGUUUUAUCAAUCCCUGAAUGUUGCGCCUGUCGAUCAGGCUCUAUAUUUAGAUGGUCGACUUAUUGUUCUAAGGCGCGAUCACCUCUUGCAGAUCUGGCGUCCUAAACCUAAUCGUAAAUUAGUUCUCUCUCAAUCGAUCAAUUUUUCUCGACCAGCUUUCAUCACAGCAGCUAAAUUUGAAAAUCAGUUGUUUAUUGCUGUGAAACUGGGGAACAUAUUAGUGGAAAAUGAUCAGCAGGGAUCGAUUGAAAUUUGGCACGACUCGAGACCCCAUCAUAGAAAUAGUACCUUCACACACUACCAGACCAUUCUGAGGAAACAACCGAAACAAAUCAAGUUUUCGGUUAUACCCUCGACUGAUGAUCUCAUGUUAUACACGUUGAGUGACGAUUCGUCGCAUCCUUUGGUGAUCUACCGGUACGAGGGAGUAGCUGGCUUCCGAGAGUUUCUGACGUGUAACACACUUCGUACUAGUGGUAAACAGCUGAGCGUCCUGAAGCUGGACUACAAUCAACGUGAGCUGCUAGCACUGAUUGGUGAACGGGGAACGGACCUGAUAGAGGCAAUUAUAAAGGUAUAAUAUUGUUGAAUUAUGUUUAAAUUUGAUAGUUAGUAGAGACUUUG